AUGUCCUCCCGCAUGAGCCCUAGGCACUAUCUCUCCCGCUCCAGCAGCCAACAAUCCCAGUCCCAAUCUGAAGAGGAUCCCUCUCGCCAGGUUGGCCAGGAGACUUACCAAGGUGACUUUGCGACAAUGGAUCCGGCUAUGCAGCGGCAAAGUGUAUCCUCGAUGGCCACCGGUGGACGUGGGAUGCAAGAUGGGAUGCAGGGCGUGUCCCAGGGUAUGCGACAGGGAUUGACACAGAUGCCACAGGGCAUGCAGCAGGGGAAGGAAGCUGGGAAGGGUAUGAUGGGACGAUCGAGUCGGAUGAUGGAUAUGUCGAAUAUUCCGGAGGAGGUUAAUGAAUUGGGUUGA